CACAUUGACAUCGGCCUACAAUCCAACGACUUUUCCUUACCACUUCAUUCAUUCACACCGACCCAAAGCAGUCGUGGGUGAGACAGGCACAAUCCCAACUGGAGUUAUAAACACUUCUGUGUACAAGCAAAGUCUCUUCGGAAUUGCAGAAGGUAUUCCCAACCCAAUCAUUACCAAUCGAGAAAAAUCAUCAAGGUCGUCCAUUUGUACUUGAGAAGGAUCUACUUUUUCCCCGCUUAAAGAUGGUGUUCAAUCUCCGAACCUACAGUUUUUCCGAGUCCGUUGAAGAUGAUCCAACACCUCCUAAAAGCUUCUGUCUAAAGGAGCUCCGAGUCGCGACAGACAACUUUAGGCGGGACAACGUCUUGGCGGAAAAUGUACUCCGCAAAGUUUAUCGGGGGCACUUGGCCGAUGGUUCGCUAGUGGCAAUAAAGAGCUCUGUCAGUUCGUGGGGGAAAGAGGGGUUCGAAGUAGAAGUGCAAGUGGGAAGCGCAGUUUCGACGCACCCAAACGUGCUAUGCCUGAGGGGCUUUUGCAGGACCAAGAAAGAGCUCUUACUGGUGUAUCCCCUGAUGAUCAACAAUACCCUAUCUUACAAUCUUAGACAUAGACCUGAUCGGUUUGUCCGACCUCUCGAUUGGACUACUUGCAAGCGAAUAGCCUUAGGAGCAGCAAGGGGGCUUGCCCACCUUCACAAUCAAGGUAGCACCAAGAUCAUGCAUCGCGACAUCUGUGCAUCAAAUAUACUGCUGAAUGCACAUUUUGAGGCCGUGAUAGGAGGAUUUCCGCUUGCCGUGAUCAUGCAUGAGGGAAAUGUAGAGGAAGGGAAUAUUGAGUGGCUCUCGUUCUCAUCAUACUCUCAUCGCUAUGAAGAUGCCGUCACUUCCAUCCGUGGCACACGUGGGUUUGUUGCCCCCGAGUUCUUGGAUACAAGAAAGUGCACACUGAAGAAUGAUGUCUUUGCAUACGGGAAUAUGCUUCUCGAGCUCAUCUCAGGACAGUCAAAUUAUGAACUUGUUGUGCUGGCGGAUAAUGAAAAUCUCAGUUUGGAGGAAUGGAUUGAUGAUAUUAUAAACAGGAACGAGUUGGGCAGGGUGAUCGAUCCGAAUUUGCAGGAAAACUUCAUGGAAGAAGAAGCAGAGCAAGUACUUCGAUUGGCACUGUUGUGCUCACACGAGGAUCCAUCUACUCGACCAGAGAUGUCUGAAGUGGUUCGAAUUCUCGAAAGCCAGUUUCUCCAGCGGGACCCUAGUUCAAGGAGUAGUUGGAGUCAAAGUGAGUGUGACUCAACUCCGUACUACUCUUUCCCUCCUUCUCCUCCUCUGGGGAUUGCUAUAUGAUUGGCAUGUCAAUGCUACAUCAUCACCACUGCCUUUUACCUUCAAUAACAAGUUUAUCUUCUGUGUUUAUCUCUUUAAA